AUGGCGGAUUCCUGUACCUGUAAAGGGGGAAGGAAGGCUGCAGGUUCUCACAGACCCCCUGCCAGCAAAGAGAGGAGCGAGACGAGGAUCCACCCGCCGGCAGAGCUGCCCAAGCUGGGAAAUGCAACCAGUGACAAAACAGAAGGCAGGAAGAAAGGACGACCCAAGGCUGAGAACCAGGCACUGAAGGACAUCCCUCUCCCCCUGAUGAACCAGUGGAAGGACGAAUUCAAAGCCCACUCCAGGGUGAAAUGUCCCAAUUCAGGCUGCUGGCUGGAGUUCCCCAGCAUCUAUGGCUUGAAGUACCACUACCAGCGCUGCCAGGGGGGUGCCAUCUCAGAGAAGCUGACGUACUCCUGCUCGUACUGCGAAGCUGCCUUCACCUCCAAAACCCAGCUAGAAAAGCAUCGGCUCUGGAAUCACCUGGACAGGCCAGUGCCAGCCAGCAAAGCAGAGAACAAAGUGCCCAAGGCCGUGGGGAAGAGCAGCAGCAAGAAAAGAGCUGCUGAGAGUUCAGCUUGCCCCACCAUCCAUCCCAAACAGGCAAAGACGGAGAAGGGCGUGGGCCAGGACCCCCCAGAGAACGGGGAGUGCCCGGCGGAGAGCCGCCACCCGAGGGAGUUCCAGAUCGCCGCCGACCAGGCCGUGGCGGCCUCCACUGCCAGGUCCUCCAGUGGCAAGGAUGCCGUGCAGCACGGGGGCAGCCAGGCCUCCCUGCAGGAGGAAGACCCCGAGAGGAUGAAGCACAGAAGGAAACAGAAAACUCCUAAGAAAUUUACGGGGGAGCAGCCGUCCAUCUCGGGGACGUUUGGACUGAAAGGUCUUGUCAAAGCAGAGGACAAGGCGAAAGCCCAUCGAGCCAAGAAGCUGGAGGGGAACAUCAACACAGAGGAGCUGAAAAAGAAACCUCCAGGAGCUGGUGUGAAGAAGGAAACAGCUGCACACCUACCAGCAGCCUGCACAGGCCCCACCUCCACCUGCAUCGAGGGCUCCCCGCAGCCCCCCUGGCCCAAUGGGCUGCUGCUGG